AUGAACAGCCAAGGCCCUCUCACUUCCUGGCUUCUCUCCGCCACCCCGCAAUCCCUCAAACGCGCCACAAACCACCCCUUUCUCGCAGCUGCCGGUAGCGGCACCCUCCCCAAAACCACCCUUUCCCAAUGGCUCUCACAAGACCGUCUCUACGCUCAAUCCUACAUCCGCUUCAUUGGCCUGCUGCUCACGAAGAUUCGCCUGCCCGCACGCAACCCUAACCCCGACGCCCCGCGCCACCCAACCCUCGAGCAAACCGCCGUCGACCUGCUCAUCGAUGCCCUCGUCAACAUCCGCACCGAACUGCGUUUCUUCGAAGCUACCGCCCUCUCUUACUCUCUCGACCUGACCGCCAUCUCCCCCGAGGCCGGCGCUGGCCUUGCCCAGGGCGGCGCCAUCACCACCUCCGCCGCCAUCUCGACCACCGGGUCGGCCUCCUGUCCCGGCGUGGUCUCGCGCACCGCUGGCUUGGACACUAACGCAGACCACUUACACAGUCUCUGUAGUACCCAGGGCGAGUGCCAGAUGCAGGCCGGUAGCGAUGUGUGCGAGCCGCCAUCGCCUCACCAUCUGCGCACCGCGGAGCCGCCAGAGUGUGAGCCGUGCCUCCCGGCCGGCGCGCACCCGGCAUCUGCGGCGCCGCUGGAGCGCGGCGGGCCGAUUUUCUUUUCGGCGAACCGCGUGACGCGCGCGUACAUCGAUAUGUUCAUGUCGGCGGGCAGCUCGGGGGUGUCGGUGAUGGAGGGACUGGCGGUGCUGUGGGCGACGGAGGUGUGCUAUCUGCGGUCAUGGCGGUAUGCGCGGACGUUUCUGGCGGAAGGGCGCGCGGAGACAGAUGCAGAUGGCGGUGCGCUGCGCGAGAAGUUCAUUCCUAAUUGGUCGAGUGCGGAGUUUGAGGAGUUUGUGAAUCGCAUUGGGGACGUGCUUGAUCAGAUGGCGGCGCAGAUUAAGGGCGUUGAGGAGGCGGAGUUGAUGCGGGGACGGUGCUUGGAGUGGUGGAGGCAGGUGGUCUGGUUGGAGGAGCAGUUUUGGCCGAGUCUGGAGUGA